UGUUCUAGUAGUCGUGUUCAAUUUAUUUUUUAUAUAACAGAACGUAAGAAGGAAAUUUGCCAGAAAUUUCGGAAACAUGCUUCGCUUAUUCAUGGUGGCUGUGGCACUUUUUGCGCUGAUCGACGCGAAAACGCAAAGGGUUUUAUUGCAAAAGACGGAUUCUGUUCGGAAAACUUUGAAGAAAGUUGGUAUUGACUUGACAUCAGAAUCUUUGUUUAAAUAUUUGGAUGCUCAAUAUUAUGGUGUUAUCAGCAUCGGAACCCCGCCACAGAACUUUACAGUAUUAUUUGAUACCGGUUCCUCAAAUCUUUGGGUACCAUCGAUAAAAAGCGAAAGUGACAUUUAUACUGAUAUUUGUACAUUCACCUUCUAUAAACUUUCUUGUUGGACUGCUCCUUACCAUCAUAAAUAUAACAAUAGCAAAUCUAUUACAUAUCAAGCAAAUAGUGCUCCAUUUGCUAUCGAGUAUGGCAGUGGCGAUCUAUCUGGAUUCUUAUCUACUGAUGUGGUAAACGUUGCUGGUCUUAAUGUUCGAAAUCAAACAUUCGCCGAAGCGACUCACGAAUCAAGUAUAUUCAUUCUUAUGCAAUUUGACGGUAUCUUGGGCAUGGGUUAUCCCACGAUAUCCGUGGACGGAGUGACGCCUAUCUUCCAAAACAUGAUUCAACAACGUUUAGUAUCACAACCAAUUUUCAGCUUCUAUCUAAAUCGAAACCCUUCAGCCGAGGAAGGUGGUGAAUUGAUAUUGGGUGGUUGCGAUCCCAAUCAUUAUGUUGGUGAAUUCACAUAUGUCCCCGUUACUGUAGAAGGCUACUGGCAAUUUACAAUGGAUAGUGUCAUAGCAGGUAAUUAUAUCUUGUGUGCACAAGGCUGCCAAGCAAUUGCUGACACAGGUACUUCACUAAUAGUUGGGCCAUCUGAGGACAUCGAUGUUAUUAAUGGAUACAUUCAAAAUAUUAGUGAUAAUGAUGGAAACGUGGAUUGUGAUAAGAUUAAUGAGUUGCCUACGAUUAAUUUUAUUUUGAGUGGUAAGCCACACAAUCUUACCCCUCACGAUUAUAUUAUUCGAUUUUUUUUACAGGACACAGAAGAUGGCGUCGCGAUAUGUUACAGCGGUUUUCAAGGAUCUUAUUUAUCGGGCUGGAUUCUGGGCGAUGUAUUUAUCGGUCAUUUCUAUACUGUAUUCGAUAUGGGAAAUAACCGAGUGGGAUUCGCUCCUUCGAAAUAAAAGAUCGCCUAGUUGAAAAAAACCACUAAACGUUAUAUACAUAUAAAUGACAA